GGGGCAGGAACAGAUGAGAAGGUGCUGGUGCAGAUUCUCACCUCCAGAACACCUCAGCAGGUGAAGGACAUCGUCGCUGCUUACAAACGGGAGUACGACCACGACCUGGAGAAGGAUGUAUGUGGCGACACUUCAGGCCACUUCCAGAG